UCUAGUAUCUGCAAGUUGAGGUCGAGGAAUGAAUGCCAAAACUUUGACUUUGGAUUAAGAGUUCAGACUCGAAACUUGAUAAAUUUAGUAGGCUUAAAAUUGUGUCCAUCAGUGCAAAUUUUUUACGUUCGAAAAUCUGCAGAAGUCAAAUGUAUAUCAAUUAAUCCAGUACAACCACAUUUGUUAGCAAUUGGUGCUAAUGACCCUUAUAUCCGCCUUUAUGACAGAAGAAUGAUCUCCUUAACUCAAGCAAAGCAUCCACCAUCUAGCUCAAUUAGUUUCCUUAUGUCCAGCUUUGGGCGAGCGGCAAAUCAACAGCAAGAAAAUGACGACCCCUCAUGGGUUCCUCCACCAUCAAAUUUACCUCAUAAUUGUGUCCAAUACUUCAUCGCUGGUCAUCUACAUUCAAAGAAAAAGCCGGCUGUAACGUGUACAUAUGUAUCAUUCAAUUCUAAAGGGAAUGAACUUCUGGCCAAUCUCGGUAGUGAACAGAUAUACCUUUAUGACAUAAACAAGGUUCAGACUUUACACAGUUACUAUCUUCCAUCAUCAACUCAAACGAAAGUCUCUUCUAAAAAAACUAGCUCAACAUCUAAUAAAAAUUCAACCAAUGGUACUUGUGAAUACAACGGAAAAACCAAUGGAACGAAAAACCAGCCCACGGCUAAAACUAAAAAUGGCUUCCAUCGGCCAUCUAAUCUUAAAUAUUAUAGCGUUUAUGGGGUUAAGCAAUUACUUCCACCUAAAGUCCAACUGAUGAAGGAACAAGCUAAUGAGCGAUUCGAUAAGGGAGACUAUAUCAAUGCUGUUUGGCUUUAUAAUAAAGCAAUCGUUCAUUGUCCAAAUGCGGCUGUUCUUCACGGUAACAGAGCAAUUGCUUUAAUGAAGCGAGGUUGGGAUGGUGAUGUUUAUGCAGCUUUAAGAGAUUGUUACAAAGCUCUUGAGCUAGAUAAAGGCUAUUUUAGAGCUCAUUUUCGCAUGGCUCGUUGUUUAAGUGAGUUAAAAAGAUAUAAAGAAGCUCAUGAGUGUUUCGAAAAGUUCAAAUCAACAUUCCCAGAAGAAGCUAAAGAUCAAUCAUGUUCUGAAUUGGAGAAACAAAUCAAAGAUUGCUUGGAAAGAUUAAAAGAACGUGAAGAAGCUUCCACAUCAUCCAAAGGAGAGUGUUUAAGUGCCUCUGAACUUGAUGAUGCAGAAGAAGCUGCAGUGGCAGCUUUUGUCUCGUCAUCAUCUUCAUCUUCAUCAUCAGCCCCGAGAAAUUUAUCAUUCAAUUCAAGAUUACCUAAUCUCAACGAAAAAGAGAUCACUUGGAGAGCAAGAGCAGCCGAUUUCAAGCAACGCUUUUGCGGCCAUUGUAACACAACAACUGACAUAAAAGAAGCAAAUUUCUUUGGAAGAGAUGACCAAUAUGUUGUUGCAGGCUCUGACGAUGGUAAUAUAUUUAUUUGGGAUCGCAAAACGACUAACAUCGUGCGUGCCUUGAAAGCAGAUGAGGCCGUAGUUAACUGUUUACAGCCUCAUCCUACCGAUUGUCUUCUUGCUACUAGCGGAAUUGAAAAAACUGUCAAGUUAUGGACUCCUAAACCUGAGGUUAGUUGAACGUUGAUUUGUGCGUUGUUUUAGUUUGACACCCGAUACAAUUAUAAUAAGUAGAGUUAGAUUUAUCUGAAUAAGGCCGUUUUGGGUGGCCUCUUUUUGUCCAUUGAUUGUUUAAAAAUCUCAUUCAAAAGUUUAAGUCAGCCUCACUGCCCAUUUUGCGAAGGUUUUUAGACUUUAUUACUUUAUAAGACUUGAUCACUUUUAACCUUAUCUCUUAAAAGCUAACUUUAAAGUUAUUCAAAGCUCAAACAUACCUGAAAUUACAUUCACAUUAAUUUGAUAUUGUCAGUCAAGAUCCGAAUAGUCCAAGACUAGUUUUACAAUAAAGACAUUUUCAAAUUAGUAACACAGUUAUCGCAUCUUCGAUUGAUCCUCAAAGGUGAAUUCUGAUAACUGGACAAACUAAACGGCUCAAAGUGACUAAAAAGUUGUAAGUAACAGGUUGUUAGUGAUAAACCUCCGUUUACAUUUGCUAACAGAAAAGACUAACAAGUCAAUAACAAUACAUCAAACUCCUUCGCUGCAACAGCCAACAAUUGAUAACUUUUUUGAACAAUUACCAAGCUAUACUAUAAAACUCGACUGUCUUGGAUUCAUCGUUGAGGGCUGCGGUUUUAUUUUUCGUCAAAAUAUUAGAUAGCUCAUUACUAAUAAGACAUUAGUUAUCGACUUACCAUUAGAAUCGAAUGUUGUCAUCUGCAGGUAAAGGUCAUCAGACACUAAAAGUUUAGUUUUCGAUAUCAAAUUUUCAUGUAUACGAAUUCAGAGUUGACUCGGCAAACUUUUUGG